AUGGUAAUUCGCCAUGAAAAAGGAGAAAAGAAGUUCCCUUGUGUCAAAUGCGGCAAGAGUUUCUGUCUCGAGGAGAAUUUUGAGAGACAUGUAAAACUGCAUGACCUUGAAGAGGUCAAACCGCUAGUUUGCGACAUGUGCGAUGACCGAUUUGAAGACGAGGAGCGUUUACAGAAACACUUAACGACACAAACGCAUGUUAACCAGUUCAAGUGUCACCUUUGUGUGAUAACGUGUCGCAGCAAGGUGCACUUGGAGAGACACCUUCGUAACCACACUCAUCCUAAGGAAAAAACGGAGAGUUGUACCCACUGUGACAAAAAGUAUCGCGACAAGAUUACUUUGGUGCGUCACAUUGCACGCGUCCAUUCAGACGGUCCUGCCCCGCAUAUUUGUCACAUUUGCGGGAAAGGAUUUCAUGUUCCUGCCGAUCUUAAGGUCCACGUGGAUCGGCACGAGGGCAAAUCACUAGCAAAAUGCGACACAUGUGGCGAAACGUUUGCAUCAUCGGGUAGCUUACAAUCCCACCUGUCAGAAGUUAAAUUAAUCCCCGAAUUGGUUUAUCUACAGCUUUGUGACGUCCGUUUUCUCCGGCCAGGGAAACUCAAGGAUCACAUGCGAUCUCACUCGAAAGAGCGACCGUUCCGUUGCCUCCAGUGUGAAAAAGGCUUCAAGUCCAAGAAAAAUUUGGAUACACAUGUGACCCGUGUCCACACUGAAGGCUACGUCGUCCCCACCCCCCACAAAUGUCCCCACUGUGAUAAAGGAUUUCAGUACCCUUUUAUCCUGGAGGGUCACAUCCGCCAGGUACACAUGGGAGAGCGGCCCUUCGUUUGCGACCAGUGCGGAAAACGGUUCGCCCUCAAGAUUGUAGGAGAGAAUACGUGGAAUUUGGUAGUUGUAAAAGAGAGUGAUAGAUGUGAAGAAGGGCGGUUAGCCUAG